AUGCACCGUCCAUCUCGAUUCCUCCGUCCCAGUCCUAUGAAUAAAUGCUUCGGCUUCUUUUCUUCACUUUUCUUUUCUCACUCCUGUAAUUCGUUAAACAACGCACCUUUCCUCGUCUCUAAUACCGUAUCGUCUGUUGUCACUGUUCUUCCCACAGUGAAUAUUUUAAUCCUCGGGAGUGGUGGGCGUGAGCAUGCACUGGCGUGGCGUUUGGCCCUCAGCGACUCUGUUGCGCAUAUCUACGUAGCUCCAGGAAACGGAGGAACGCUCAAUGAGGGCAAGAUCAGCAACGUCUCUCUGGAUGUCAACAAGGUGGACUCGGUCGUGCAGUAUUGCAAGGAUGAAGACAUUGGCCUGGUAGUGGUCGGCCCUGAGCAACCGCUUGUGGAUGGGAUUGCGGAUAGCCUGAAGACUGCCGGCAUCAAAUGCUUCGGCCCCUCACAGCGUGCGGCAAAGUUAGAAGCCUCUAAGGCCUUCUCCAAGGACUUCAUGCUCAGCCACAACAUCCCCACAGCGCGCUAUAAAGUGUUCUCCGACUACGCUAAGGCAGUCGAGUACGUGCAGUCGGUGGACUAUCGAGUGGUGGUCAAAGCUUCAGGCCUGGCCGGAGGUAAGGGUGUGCUUCUUCCCGAGACCAAAGAGGAAACGCUUGCGGCUCUGCAGCAGGUGAUGCAGGACAGAGCGUUUGGCUCAGCGGGUGAUGAAGUGGUCAUUGAGGAGUUCAUGACAGGCCCAGAGAUCAGUGUGUUUGCGCUGUCGGACGGUUACACGUCUGUGCUUCUGCCUGCUGCCCAGGACCACAAGAAGAUUGGCGAGGGGGAUACCGGCCCGAAUACCGGCGGCAUGGGUGCAUAUGCGCCCACCCCAUUCGCGACUGAGGCCGUUAUGAAGACCGUACAUGAGAACGUGGUCAAGCGUACUAUCACUGGGAUGCGAAAGAACGGUUCGCCAUUCGUUGGAUGUCUGUUUGUGGGACUCAUGCUCACCCCCGAUGGCCCGAGAGUUCUGGAGUACAAUGUGCGAUUCGGAGACCCCGAAACGGAGGCCGUGCUCAUGCUGUUGGACGAUCGGACGGACCUUGCGCACGUGCUGAUGGCGUGUGUGGAUGGCCAUCUGGACUCAGUCCACGUGGGCGCCAAGGAUGCCUUUGCCGCUACCGUCAUCGCCGUGGCUGGGGGUUACCCAGGUGCAUACCAAAAGGGUACGCCAAUCAAAAUUGAGAAUGAUAAGACCAGUGCAUGCGGAAAGGUGUUCCAUGCCGGUACUACUGUGAAUGCGGACGGUGUCCUGGUCACGAGUGGCGGUCGUGUGAUCGCUGCCACAGCCGAGGCAGCCACUGUCAAGGCGACGUUAGAGAACGCCUAUACGACUAUGCGCACUGUGUCAUUCGAGGGUCAGUACUUUCGCAACGACAUCGGGCAUCUGGCAUUAAACCCUACCGACGCUAAAUCCACCGCCGGGACUACCUACGCCAGCGCCGGGGUGUCCAUAGAUGCGGGAAACAACUUGGUCGACAUGAUCAAACCUUACACUCGGGCCACCAGACGCGCAGGCAUGGACGGAGAGCUGGGCGGUUUCGGCGCGUUGUGUGAUGUGAAGGCCGCGGGUUAUACAGACCCCAUCCUGGUCUCAGCGACUGAUGGUGUGGGAACUAAGCUGCGUAUUGCCCAGCUUGCGGAUUUGCACGAGACUAUCGGUCAGGAUCUGGUGGCGAUGUGUGUCAAUGAUCUCAUUGUGCAGGGUGCGGAGCCGUUGUUCUUCUUGGACUACUAUGCGUGUGGCAAGCUCACCGUGGAGCAGGCCGCGAAAGUUGUAAAGGGUAUUGCUGACGGGUGUGUGCUGUCUAACUGUGCGCUUGUGGGUGGAGAAACAGCUGAAAUGCCUGGUAUGUACCAAGGCGAUGAGUAUGACCUCGCGGGAUUCUCGGUAGGGGCCACUACCCGUGACCGGAUACUUCCCACUCCGGAUAUUCAGAAAGGUGAUGUUCUGAUUGGUCUAGCGUCCUCGGGAGUACAUUCCAAUGGUUACUCUCUGGUACGGCACGUUGUGUCAGAAAAUGGGCUGUCAUAUAGCGAUGCAUGUCCCUUCGACUCGCCAUCAAAGACGCUGGGUGAAGCCCUGCUCACACCCACACGUAUAUACGUCACCCAGUUGCUGCCAAGCAUACAAGCAGGUAACAUCAAGGGUCUAGUGCACAUCACUGGAGGCGGUUUCCAGGAGAAUAUCCCUCGUGUUUUGCCCAAAAAUAUCGUUGCCAAGGUAGAUACGAGCGCCUGGACGCGGCCCCCCGUGUUCGAUUGGUUACGGAAAACAGGUCAGAUCGCACCCGCGGAAAUGCUGCGAACGUUCAACUGCGGUAUUGGAAUGGUACUGGUCGUGGACAGUAGUAAGGUAGAUGUUGUGCUCGCAAGCUUAAAGGAGGUUGGAGAGACGGCGUUCAUCAUUGGAGAACUUAAGGAUAGACAGGGCGAGGAAGUGCAGGUGGAGCUGAACGGGCUAGAGUCUUGGUAGUGCCUGCAACCAGUAGACCACUCGUAGAUUGUACAUAAAAUUAAUUAGUUG